AUGGCAUCCACUCCCUCAAACCGGACUAAGCCCACACCGUCCAACUCUCCGUUCAUCUCACGCCCCUCCCGGUCUUCUCUCCGACCCCGACCCCUCUACGAGUCCUGCCUCUCCCUGCAGCGCGUGGUCGGCACCACCUGCGCCUCGCCCACCGGCUUCGACACCGUCCACUCGUCCUUCGCAUACAUCGCCGGAGGCGCCGUGGUUGUGGUGGAUGUCUCUGGCGAGCACUAUGCGCAGCGCUUCUACCGGGCACGCCCCACGGCCGUCCCCCUCCUUAACGUCUCCCCCACCACAAACACUUCGUCGACGCCCAUCUCGACACCAAAAGCCAACGAUAGCAGAAAUAGAGCCGCUGCUUCUUCCCCCAGAGACUCCCUCUAUGCCGAGUGGCCCGACUCGCCCACCUCCAAGACCUGGACGAGCCGCGAACGGAUCAAGGCUGCGACCUGCCUGGCCCUCAGCCGAGAUGGACGGUACCUAGCCGUGGGCGAGACGGGUUACGCCCCGCGGGUGCUCUUGUUCAACCUACAAGAUGCCUCCUCCGACGUGCCCCUGGUGUCUAUCAGCGAACACACCUUCGGCGUCAAGGCCGUGGCUUGGUCUUCCGAUACCAAGUACCUAGCAUCGCUAGGCGCAGCAAACGACGGUUUCCUCUAUUUGUGGAAGGUCGACUCCCGGACCGGCGCCGUGAAGCUGUUUCAACAGAACAGGUGCACCUCGUCCGUGAAGGAGAUGGUGUGGAUGGGCAACAACGUCAUCACCCUCGGUGUCCGCCAUGUCAAGGUGUGGAGGGUUGAGGAAGGGCUGGAUACCACGCCCGUCAAGACGAAGUUCUCCAACGAAGGAGCGGCUCCCCCUCCGCUCCCGGCCCAGAAGCCGUUGCCGGGCAGAAACAUCCUCCUCGGGUCGAUGCUGGACGAAACAUUCUCCUGCGCGUUCCCGAUAUCAGACGAAAAGGCCAUCAUUUGCUCCGAAACGGGCUGUGUCUGCUUGCUCGAUGAUACCAACAAGCAGAUGAAACUCUCCAAGGUUGCAGAGGUCGAUUUCGGCGUCACUUGCGUCUCCCGCCGAGGAGAAGAUAUCCAUAUCGGCGGAAAGGAUGGUCAGAUUGCCAUCAUCAGCCUCGAGGAUAUAUUAAACGGCAUCUCUGAACCGACCAUUCGCAGUUCAGAGAUGGCGGCCGGCCUCGUAGCCAUGGGAUUUCUGGCAGAGAACCUCGUCACGAUCGACACCAGGCGAUCGAUCGAUAUCUGGAGUGCAGACCACACGCCCGGCAACCCCAUAGACGAUAAAUCACACAUUCCUAUUCCGGGCCUCGGCGACCCAAUUGUUGGGGUGGAUACAAGCGCCGAGUCAGGCCCGGCAAAUCAAGUCGUCGCGGUGAGAGCUACGAACGACGGAGCCCUCUUCAUCGCCGGAGACAAGUUGGGCGUUCUCCGGAUCGUCGAGGUUUCCACCGGAGAGUGUCUGCUGGAAACAAAGGCACACUCUUCCAACUGCCAGGACAUCACCGUCCACGAGGGCAAAUCGAGAUUCCUCGUAGCCUCGUGUGGGCGGGACCGGACCGUCCAGCUGUUCCACCGCACGUCCGCGGGGGUAUUUGAGCACUUCCAGACGCUGGAGUUCAGCGCCAAGGUAGUCCAAGUGCUUAUACCAAAUGAGGACAAGGUCCUAACGUGCUCCCUCGACCGGACGCUCCAGAUCCACGAACUGGUGAGCAAAGAGGGCGAGCCCGACGUCAUGGCAGCCAUCCCGUUCAAAUCGAUCUCCUUGAAGGCAUCCCCGUCGUCAAUGGCCGUGACGACCGACGAGAAGGCGGUGUUUGUGUCUCUGUUGGAUCGCUCCGUAUGCCAGUACGACUUCGGCAACGGGCGGGUCCUCGGCUCAUUCAAGUGCAACGACGAAGCCGGGCUUGACUCGGUCGUGCUGGAGUCGCUGACCCACAGCCAGCCGGGGUCCAGUGACCCCCCGUUCCUCCUCGGUAUCUCCAACACGGACAAAUCCGUGCGAGUCUACGAUACCCAAGCAGGGUGCUUCAUGGACCGCGAAUGGGGCCAUACCGAAGCCAUCAACGGCGCCGUACUCAUCGAUACCGAAGAAUCCGGUCGCAAGGUCGUCAGCGUGGGCGAGGACGGCACAAUCAUGGUCUGGGCCCUCGACUUCGACGACUCCUCCAACGGAUCCCAAAGCCGCUCCCCCUCGCCGGAAAAGACUCCCCAGCCGGCCUCUACACGCCCGCCAUUACGGCGCGUUCUUUCCAAAGCCGAACUAGCCGAAUUCCAACGCCCAUCCUCGGCCGCCGGGCCCCCAAGCGGAAGCACACCACGCCGUACGUCGCCGCGCCCAUCGCACCGCCGCCCCGCCAAAUUCCAACUCCCCUUUUCAUCUCUCCGAACCCCCAACAACAAUAACAACAACACCCCCGAAAAGCAAACGACCUCCCCCACAAACACCACCGGCAUGAUCAUAAUAGACGACACCCACGCCCGCACCCCGUCCCGCCGCCCCUCCUCCGGAGCCAACUCCCGCUGCUCCGACGACAGUCCCCCACCCGAAAGCCCCAAGGCCCGCUCCAAAAUGUUCCGCCGCCCGUCCCUCCCCGCGCUAGGCGCCACCCCCCUAUCCGCAGCCAAGUCGCGCAAGAACUCCAGCUCCAACCAGCGCGGCAGCGGCGGUGGAGGCGGCAGUGGCGGUGGCGGUAGCGGCGGCGGUAACGGUGGCGGAAAUGGAUAUGGCUUCGGCACCCUCAGCAUGGCGACCGAACAGACCUGUCGCCAGCUGCGCGCCUACCGCAGGAAGCUGGCCUCGGCCGACUCCAUCCACGGGGACGUGCUGGCGCAGCUGGAUGCCGAGCUCCGCCUGACGGCGGCUGCGCUGGGGGAGCGCGCCAUAAGAAGUCGCACGGGGAGUGGGAAUGGGAAUGGUGGUAAUAGGCAUGGGGAUAGGCGGGGUGAAACGGGGGGUGGGAGUCAUGGGGGUGGCGGCGGUGGCGAGGUCAGUGAGACGGUGCUGAGCGGGCUGCUGGAUCAGUACAGCGAGCGGCUGGUCAGCAUGCUGGACGAGAAGCUCCGUCUGCGGCUGAGCGAGGAGGAGAAGGAUUCCCUGGCGGCGAGGGAGCGCCCGCGCACGGCUGGGGAGGGGUCCAAUGCUUCCGAUUCGGGGGGGAGUAUUGGCGGAGGGCCUGUUUGUGAGGAGCCUGAGUCGUUGUGA